AUAACCGACCUCUCUCUUUGCCCCAACCCUCCAGGCUACGUCAGCGAUUAUCUGGGCCCGUCUGCCUACGAUGACGUGGUGGGCAGCGACUCGUCCGUCAUCGCUAAAGUCCCGUCCCCGGACCACUCCUCCAUCAUCUACGACCGCCUCGGGGGCGACAACUACAACGGCAUCCAUGGCGACAUCCACGGCGACUCGGACCAGCCGGACAGCCCGCGGUCGGAGGUCUCGUCCUCGGCCGGGGGCUACAUCAACGGGGACGCCGCCGUGAGCGAGGGCUACACGGUGGACGCGUUCUUCAUCACGGACGGGCGGUCGCGGCGGAAGUCCCUGGGGAACCCCCGAGGCAGCAUACAGAGGCACACCUGCAGCGAGUGCGGCAAAACCUACGCCACGUCGUCCAACCUCAGCCGGCACAAGCAGACGCACAGGAGCAUCGACAGCAAGAUGGCCAAGAAGUGCCCGACGUGCGGGAAGGUGUACGUGUCCAUGCCGGCGAUGGCCAUGCACCUCCUCACGCACGAUCUCAAGCACAAGUGCGACGUGUGCGGCAAGGCCUUCAGCCGGCCGUGGCUCCUGCAGGGCCACAUGCGCUCGCACACGGGCGAGAAGCCGUUCGGCUGCGCCCACUGCGGGAAGGCGUUCGCCGACCGGUCCAACCUGCGCGCCCACAUGCAGACGCACUCGGCCUUCAAGCACUACAAGUGCAAACGCUGCGACAAGACGUUCGCGCUCAAGAGCUACCUGAACAAGCACUACGAGUCGGCGUGCUUCAAGGGGGCUUUCUCGCCCCUCAGUUCGUUGGGGGAAUGA